AUGAGGUUGGCAGGGGCAAUUUUCAGCAAUGUUACGAAAAUGCUUGAUUUUUACUCACAGUUCAACCCUUCGCCGCUGUCUAUAAAGCAAUUUAUAGAUUUUGGUCUAAAUGCGUGCGAAAGGAAAUCCUUCUUGUUCCUGCGAAAGGAGCUGCCAGUCAGGCUAGCGAACAUCAUGAAAGAGAUAGCAUUGUUACCAGAGAAUCUGCUACGGAUGCCUUCAGUCGGCCUGGUGAACCAGUGGUACGAAAGAUCCUUUGAAGAGAUCAUUCAGUUCGAACAGAGUGAACCUGACCCUGCUGUGCUGAGUCAGUUUUGCGAACGCGUAGCUCACAUUCGCAACCGCCAUGCUGACGUAGUCCAAACCAUGGCUCAGGGGGUUCUUGAACUUAAGGAGUCACAUGAAGUGGAUCCUGGCACCGAGAACUCGAUACAGUAUUUCUUGGACAGAUUCUACAUGAGCAGAAUUUCGAUCAGGAUGUUGAUAAACCAACAUACUCUUCUCUUUGGCGAACAAAUCGGUCCAAAGAAGGUUGCCGUGAAUGGUAUUGACAAUGGUGGAAGACAUAUCGGCUCCAUCGACCCAGCGUGCGACGUGGUCGGAGUUGUCAAGGACGCUUAUGAAAACGCCAGGUUCCUAUGUGACAGAUAUUAUAUGGCGUCCCCAGAUCUGCAGCUGCUACAGCAUGGAGUGCCAAGUGAACGACCUAUGCACAUAGUGUAUGUACCUUCUCAUCUGUACCACAUGCUGUUCGAGCUGUUCAAGAACUCCAUGAGAGCCACCAUGGAGAACCAUGACACUCCACCUCCGAUCACUGUGAACGUCAUCCAGGGUCGAGAGGACGUCUCUGUUAAGAUGUCGGACCGCGGUGGUGGUAUCCCACGCAGCGUAACGGACUUGCUUUUCAAGUACAUGUACAGCACAGCUCCACAGCCAUCCAAGUCUGAUUCACACACCGUGCCAUUGGCUGGAUACGGGUAUGGUCUGCCCAUCUCGAGGCUGUACGCGCGUUACUUCCACGGAGAUCUCACUCUCAUGUCUUGCGAGGGGUACGGCACUGAAGCUGUCAUAUAUUUGAAGGCAUUGACAAAUGAAGCGAACGAGCUCCUACCAGUGUUCAACCGCACUUCUAGCAAGUUCUACCGGCCGGUGUCACAGCUCGGCGACUGGUCCGGCUCCCUGAACACCGGCUCCAACGCUUCAGAAAAGAAGAACAGAGAGAAGGUAUCGCCGCUAUCGUCCUCCCGUAGUCUAUAG